AUGCUACUACUGCUGGUGGUGUUGGUGGUGCUAAACGUGCGAGCAGAAUUAUGGGAGGAGGUGGAGCGAUGGCUGGUGGUGGUGGAAUCCCCCUCCAAAGCCCGCACAAUUCAGGGUUACCUACAACAUUUAGCCUCUGAUCCCGAACCCCCCUUAAGCCUCGUUACAGCAGCAGACGCAGAAGCAGCAGCAGGAGGAGAAGCAGGAUCUGCAGAAGAACCAGAAGGGGCAGUGGGAGUGAGAGGGAGAAAGAGGGAGUUUUCGGUGCUGGCGACACAUGGGCAUGUGAGGGAUGUGCCGAAUAAGGUGGAUGCUGUCUCGCCGGAGGCUGAUUUCGCCAUUGACUGGCGAAUCCUGCCCCAGGCUGUGCCGCACUUCCGAGCCAUUGCCCAGGCCGCUUUCAGGUCACAGGGAGUGGUGCUGGCUACCGAUGCGGACAGGGAGGGGGAGGCCAUAGCUUGGCAUGUGUACCAGCUUCUCAAGGGGGCUGCUGCGGCGAGGAGGAGAGCAGAGGCGCAGCAGAGGGAGAAGGAGCAGCGGAGAGAGAAGAUGGUGCAACAGGUAAGGGAGAGGGAGAAGAGGGCUGCUGCGGCGAGGAGGAGAGCAGAGGCGCAGCAGAGGGAGAAGGAGCAGCGGAGAGAGAGGAUGGUGCAACAGGCAGUUCUCCUGGAGCAGCAAUUGGCAGCAGAGGCACAGGAGGCAGCAGAGGAAGGAGGAGCGGUGUGCUACAAGGUGCAGAGGGGUGGGAGGGAGAAUCCGAUCUUUUCUCCAAUGGAGCUGCUGCUGCAGAGUCGAAUCUGUUGA